AUGCAGCUUCGACAAGCGACGUUUGUUCUACCAAAGACUGGUCAACGCUUAAGAGGGCUUGUCAAUUUACGGAGCUCAUAUAUUGUAACCAGCAAUGAUGAUGAGGAGCGACGGGGCCUUCUCUCCGGGGAAGUCUCCACGAACCGUCAAGACGUUUUAUCGCGGAUUUGCAGUCGAAUUUCAGACGUAUGGCGUUGGACGCGUGAUUUUGUCGCCUCCGAGCCCGGAACGGGGGUUUUAAAAUGCAGUUUGGCCUAUCUACUCGGGUCUCUUGCUACUUUCAUUCCCGCGGUUGCGGCCUUCCUGGGUCAUCAAGAUGGCAAGCAUGUGGUGGCUACUGUCACAGUAUAUUUCCAUCCAGCGCGGUCCCAAGGCAGCAUGUACAAGGCGCUGAUUUGCGCUCUCUUGGCCUUCCUAUAUGCAGCCUUCAUUUCCCUAACGAGCAUGUGUGUUAGCAUGUUCUUCCAGGAUACGCUGGACAUGCGCGCAGUUGGCCAUGCCGUUGUUCUUAUAGUGUUCUGCGGAGGUGGCUUGGGCUUCAUAGGAUGGACGAAGCAAAGAUUCGGCGAUCCGCUUGUGAACGUCGCCUGUUCCCUUGCUUCGCUUGCGUCGAUCACCGUAUUGACGAAAGAAGGUGCGGUGCAAAGCGGAGAUUUGUCCUUCACAAAGGUCGUCCAAGUCUUGAAGAUGGUCGUCAUGGGCGUCACCGUUGCCAUGGCGGUGUCAUUCUUGAUAUUCCCCAUCUCUGCGCGGAAAAAACUGCGCUCGAACCUCGCUAUUGUCACUGAGACUCUGGCAAUCAUGCUGGCCCUCAUUACGGACAGUUUUCUAAGUGGCUCCGAGGAGGACCUUCACACGGCCGAGUUCCUCGACGCAGCUGAGCGACACAAAAAGGCAUAUGCCCAACUCGACAAGCUUGUCCGAGAGGCAAAGCUUGAGCACUUCGUCGCGGGAACAGAAAAAGAAUACAGGCUAGAAAAGAACUUAGUUCGGUGGGUCCAAGAUAUCACACACAAUAUGGGAGGACUACGCAGUGCUGCUUCUCUGCAAUUCCAACUUUUGAAGCAAGCGAAGCUGGUUGAUCCAGUAUCCUGUCGCGAUAAAAAGAAUACUCCCAAUGGUACUGACCAUGGGCCAUCGCCAAGUCUGUACUCCUCGCACGGGCACAGUACACUUCUCGAAUCAAUUGACGAGAUGCCUGAACAACAACCUGGGGGAGAGGAAGAGGCAGCAGCUGAAGAUGAUCGCCGACUCAGUGGAGACCACUUUGAUCCAGAUCCGGACCGAGACGAAGGAUCUUCUGUCGAGCAUACCCUUCAUCCUGAAGACUUGUUUGCGCUGUUCAUCAGCCACUUAGGGCCUUCCAUGCGAUCCCUUGCUUUCACCUUGAAAGAAAUUUUCGAAGAGAUUCCUUUUACGCCUGCGCCUGACUAUAAAGUCUCUGUCAACAGUAGGUUCCAUGUUAGUCUUGAUCGCGCGCUGGAACUUUAUCAACAAUCGCGAGAGGAAGCUUUGAAGGUUAUCUAUCGCCAGAAGGAACUUUCACAGAUCCAAACGCCGGAGGUAGAAGCUGAUCUCGAGGAAGUUUCUGCCAGCUGCGGACAUUUCAGUUUCUCGCUGCUGGAAUUUGGCGAACAGCUGAAAGGCCUGCUGGCUAUCUUAGACCAACUACAACUAGAAGCCGAGGAGAGACCUAAUGGGAGGUCAUGGGGCUGGUUAAAAGUAUGGCGGUUGAGAACAGCCCAAACCCAGAACACGAAGCCUCUCGAUUCUGAGCAACCGUUACUUGGGCCAACGGUUGGAGAAGGGGUGACUACUGUGGCUUCUAUCAGUCCUUCUGGACUGGCAGGUAGACUGACACCUUCAACACAACGCCCGAAAAAUCUGCCCGCGAAGGAGCGCCUCAGUUAUCGAAUCUGGAAAUCGCUUGGAGUAUUCCGACGUGAAGACACAAAGUUCGCGAUCAAGGUCGGCACAGGAGCAGCUCUGUACGCUUUGCCGGCCUUCCUUGAAUCCACAAGGCCGUUCUAUUCUCAUUGGAGAGGUGAAUGGGGCUUGUUAUCCUAUAUGUUGGUGUGUUCUAUGACAAUCGGGGCGUCCAAUACCACAGGUUAUUCUCGAUUCCUAGGUACAUGCCUAGGAGCGAUCUGUGCCAUCACGGCAUGGUACGUGACCGAUGGGAACGUGUUUGGACUGGCCAUUCUCGGUCUGGUCAUGGCAACUUGGACAUCUUAUAUAAUUGUUGUCAUGGGGAAAGGACCGAUGGGUCGAUUCAUUAUGCUCACCUACAAUCUUUCUGUACUGUACGCGUACUCUUUGACGCAAAAAGAGGGUAGUGACGACCAGGAUGAGGGUGGUGACUCUCCCAUCAUCACCGACAUAACGCUCCAUCGAGUUGCAGCGGUUUUGUCUGGCUGCAUCUGGGGUAUCGUCAUUACGCGGCUCAUUUGGCCUAUUAGCGCACGCAAGGAGCUCAAGGACGGCCUGAGCCUCUUAUGGCUUCGUAUGAGUCUGAUCUGGAAGCGCUACCCGUUGUCCCUACUGGCGAAAGGGGAACAUUUCAUGGGCUUCAUGACCCCAAGAGAGAAGCUGGAGAUUGAGCGGUUUCUGUCUCGUCUGGAAGCUCUUCAAGCAGCAGCUCGCGCAGAAUUUGAGCUGAAGAGUCCGUUUCCCGAUGCUUCAUACAGCAAUAUACUCCGUCGCACAAGGAGCAUGGUGAACGCAUUCCACGCCAUGAAUCUAGAGAUGAUCAAAAAUGUGCCUGCUUCGGAAGGUGAACUGGCUCUGCUCAGUUAUACAGCUCAGGAAAGAGAGCAUUUGUCUGCUCGCAUCAGCCACUUAUUGUCAGUCAUGGCGUCUUCUAUGAAAUUGGAAUAUCCGCUGAUCGAUGUACUUCCGAACAUUGAGCAUGCAAGAGAUCGACUUCUUGCCCGUAUAUUCCACUAUCGCAAGGACCCCGAGGCUUCUCGGUCAACAACAGAUGAAGAUUAUGCCUUGCUCUAUGCCUACAUUCUGGUGACGGGUCAAUUAUCGACCGAGAUUGUGGAAAUUAUGGAAGAGAUUGGUAGAUUAUUCGGUGUGCUCAAUGAGGACGUAGUCAAUUCUCCCCACUUCCGGCUUCGCGCAGCCCGUCGCGCCUCUGCGAGCCUUGCAAUCAUGCAGAUCGAUCCGGCAGCCCUGAGUCGGACAGACUCUGCAUCAACUGCGACAGCAUCAUCCAAGACCGCAGCACCUGGCCCUGCGACAACACAAAAGUCUACAAAGGCGUUGAUAUCAGUUCCGCGAUUGGAUCUCGAACCUAUCUACACGGAACUCAAAGCCGCUAUCGGUGAAAACUGGGCUGAGUACAAAGAAUCUACGACCCUAUUCCUUCUGGGACAUCUCAAUCAAAAUGAGCUCGCGUCGCGCGUUGAUCACAUCAUUUGCGCUGACCAGAAGACCGAACAUCUCCACAACAAUUUCAUAUGUGCGAUCAUAGGGAACCUCACAAGAGAUCUCCCCGACCAUGGCGUGGCAAGUUGGGUGUCAGCGAACGACAAGCCGUCGGUCGUAUCGAAACCCUCCUCUGGAGAUGCCGCGGAGACAAGGUUGAAGACAGAGGUUAUGCAAUUACCUCCCAGAGACCGUCGGCGAAUAAAAGCUAUUCCAGAGAUUGUGCCCAAUGAAGUGGAAGAAUAUCAUCUCGCGAAACAGAUCAAGCUCCCUAGCCAAGUCCCAGCUAGUGCUGGGGGUUUGAAUAAAACAAAUUGGGAGUUAGAGAUUCGGAAACGCUACGCGCAACCCUUGGCAUCGGAAACUGGCGAGUUUCCAGACGCCGAAUCAAUACAUGCGCGAAUGAUACCGAUAUGCUAUGAGGAGUCUGUAGUUAGCGGUGCAGGCUUACCGUGUGCUGAGUUUAUGGCGAUUGCAACAGAGACUUUCGUUAAGGAAGUACUAUCCGUGGUGUUUUCCCGUACCAGGUGCAAUGGCCCGUCUGGCACGAUCAAUGGCAUGAUGAUGCGCAAAUAUCGACAGCAACUUGAGCUAGAAGAGCUAGCCUAUACUCGCGGCGAAAUCGUUAAAGACAGCGCGACUGGGCUUCUACCCGUCGAGGCCAAGGAAGCUAGGAAUCGGAAGCCUCUCGGGGUUCGCGAUCUUCGACUAGCGCUCGAAAUUGGAGGAGGAGUGCUCAGUCAUAUGCCUCUUAUUGUCGAUCAUAUUAUGGGAGGUUAUUUCGAGGAUGAAUUGGAGACCGACAAACAAGACCAAAUCGAGGAAGUUGCCGACACUGCCGAUAAUGACACAAGACCGAUCCAGUUCACAGAUGAAAUGGAGGUGGAGGACGAUGCAGAGUUGUUGGACUGGGAAGGAGCCACCGCGGUAGACCGGGCUCAGUUGGGCUCGUUACUAGAUGAGUGCCUUUCUCUGGCCUCAUGA